AAGAUGGCUACGACCAUAGAGAGCUGCAAUGCCGUACAGGCGACAAAGAAAAAACAUCUCGGAAUCCCCGAAGCAAUAUUUGUGGAGGAUGUCGAGUCGUUUAUGAAGCAACCAGGGAACGACACUGCAGACGCCGUCUUGAGAAAACUGGAUGAGCAGUACCAGAAAUAUAAAUACAUGGAGCUCAACCUGGCUCAGAAGAAACAAAGGUUGAAAAGCCAGAUCCCACAGAUCAAGCAGACUUUAGAAAUCCUACGACACAUGCAGAAGAAGAAGGAAACCACAGAACCUAUGGAGACACACUUCCUAUUGGCUGACAACGUUUACUGCAAGGCAUCAGUCCCGCCCACCGACAAAGUUUGUCUGUGGCUAGGGGCCAAUGUGAUGUUGGAGUACGACAUCGACGAAGCCCAGUCUCUGCUGGAGAAGAAUCUGGCGACCGCAUCACGCAACCUGGACUCCUUGGAAGAAGACCUGGACUUCCUGCGAGACCAGUUUACCACCACCGAAGUCAAUAUGGCACGAGUCUACAACUGGGACGUAAAGAGAAGGAGCAAGGACAACCUCCUCAAAUCAGUCGAGAAGUCUUAAGAAAUAGGGACGUCCUCCCGCAACCCACCCAAACUCCAUGUCUAUGUUCACAUCUCUAGUCUCUACAGUACAAAUCUGUGUCCUAUUCCCUAUAUAGUUAACUUUUAACAUCAAAAGUAGUGCACUCUAUCGGGAUAGGAUGCCAUUUGGGACUCAGGCCAAGCUUUAUUCUAUUGAUUU